AUGACAACCCACAGACAUAGGAACUUUUCCAUGGCGCCCUUGUGGGAGUUCGUGCUGGAAGGCUUCAGGGGAGGUAUGGAGACACAAGCCCUGCUCUUUGCUGUCUUCCUGGCCCUGUAUGUGAUGACCAUCGUGGGCAACCUCACCAUGAUCGUCGUCAUCACCCUGGAUGCCCGCCUGCACUCCCCCAUGUACUUCUUCCUCAAGAACCUGUCCUUCCUGGACCUCUGCUACUCAUCUGUUUUUGCACCCAGAGCCCUGAUCAACUUCUUCUCUUCCUCUAAAGUCAUCAGCUCUGCUGCCUGUGCUGCCCAGUUGUUUUUCUUCUCCCUUCUCGGUACCACGGAGGCCUUACUUCUGGCUGUGAUGGCCUAUGACCGUUUCAUGGCCAUCUGCAAUCCCCUGCAUUACCCCGUGACCAUGUGCCGCACUGUCUGCGCUCUCCUGGUGCUGAGCUCCUACUGUGGGGGCUGCCUCAACUCCAUCGUGCAGACCAGCCUCACUUUCCAACUUCCCUUCUGCAGCUCCAACCACAUUGACCACUUCUUCUGUGAUGUGCUCCCGCUGCUCAGGCUCGCCUGUGCUGACACGGCUCUCAAUGAGCUGGUCAUGUCCAGCACCUGUGGCUUCAUACUUCUGGGUGCCAUGAUGGGGAUCUUGACUUCCUAUGGCUACAUCGCAGUGACUGUCCUCAGGAUGCCCUCCAGUUCCAGGAGACGCAAAGUCUUCUCCACCUGUGGCUCCCACCUGAUAGCAGUGUGCUUGUUUUAUGGAACGGGUUUUGUCAUGUAUGGACAGCCAGGGGCAGUGGAAUCCAUGGAGCAGGGCAAGGUGGUCUCCAUCUUCUACACCCAGGUCAUCCCAAUGCUCAACCCCCUCAUUUACAGCCUGCGGAACCAGGAUGUGAAGGACGCCCUGAAGAGGCUGGGACAGAGACGGGCGGCCUCGUGA